UUACCAAAUCAGAUCCCAAACGUUUCAUCUUUAAUCAUACAAGGACUGGAAUUCUUCCCCACCUAACACUCUCUUCUUUCCAUGACUGAAACUAAAUCAGAAGCAGACCCCAAACGCCUGCCAUUACUCAGCUCAGCAGCAAUGGUUCUGGAAAAUUCUCUAGACCCACUAAAGAAAUCUUACUGGAGAUGGAGCAAGCAAGAUUUCUUCCCAGAACCCUCCUUUCAAAACCUCCUCACCUACAAAAACGCUCUAUCCCAUACCUUUCCUCGGCUCAAGGACCGUCUCCUCUCUCGCUCAACGGAUACUAAUGAGCUCGUCACCCUCCCGAAAGAAAGCGAAAACCCCAUGCGCAAGUGCCUCACAUGGUGGGACCUCAUGUGGCUGAGCUUUGGUUCGGUUGUUGGGUCUGGCAUCUUCGUUGUCACCGGCCAAGAAGCUCGUUAUCAUGGUGGUCCUGCCAUAGUGCUUUCUUAUGCUGUCUCUGGUAUUUCUGCAUUGCUUUCGGUCUUCUGUUACACUGAGUUUGCUGUUGAGAUUCCAGUUGCUGGUGGGUCUUUCUCCUUUCUUCGGAUUGAAUUGGGUGACUUGGUUGCUUAUCUUGCAGCUGGGAAUAUUCUUUUGGAGGGGGUUAUUGGUGCUGCUGGGCUAGGUCGAUCUUGGUCAUCAUAUUUUGCGAGCAUGAUCAAUACUAACAAUCCUGAUUUCUUGAGAAUCAGAAUUAAAUCUCUCCCAGAAGGAUUCGAUCUUUUAGAUCCAUUAGCUGUUGUUGUCCUUUUGGUAGCUAAUACAAUAGCAAUGACUGGAACAAAGAGAACUUCUAUUUUGAAUUGGAUUAGUUCCAUUCUAAGUGGUACUAUAAUUUUGUUUAUUAUUGUUGUUGGGUUCAUUCAUGCCAAAAGCUCAAAUUUGGUGCCAUUUUUUCCAUAUGGACCAAAGGGUGUUUUUAGAGCUGCAGCUGUUGUGUACUGGUCUUAUACUGGGUUUGAUAUGGUUGCUACUAUGGCUGAAGAGACAGAGAAGCCAUCAAGGGAUAUACCAAUUGGGUUAGUUGGUUCAAUGUCUAUGAUCACUGUAAUUUAUUGCUUGAUGGCUUUUGCACUGACCUCGAUGGUGAAAUAUACUGAAAUUAAUCCAGAUGCUGCAUUUUCGGUUGCUUUUGCUCAAAUUGGCAUGAAUUGGGCUAAAUAUUUGGUGAGCAUAUGUGCCCUCAAGGGAAUGACUACAAGCUUGUUGGUUGGUUCUCUUGGACAAGGAAGAUACACCACUCAGAUUGCAAGGUCUCAUAUGAUUCCUCCUUUGUUUGCUCUUGUUCAUCCAAAAACUGGAACACCCAUUAAUGCUACUCUUUUGAUAACUAUACUUAGUGCUAUUGUAGGAUUUUUCUCUAGUUUGGAUGUUUUGUCAAGUGUCUUUUCCUUUAGUACACUCCUUAUUUUUAUGCUUAUGGCUAUUGCAUUGCUUGUGAGGCGAUAUCAUGUGAAAGAUGUUACUCCAAAGAGUCAUUUGGUUAAAUUUCUUAUGUCAUUAUUUGUCAUAAUUUGUUCUUCGAGUGGAUUAACUGCCAUCUGGGGUUCAAAUGGGAGAGGAUGGAUUGGAUAUGUGGUGACUUUUGUUCUUUGGUUCUUGGGGACCUUGGGGAUGGCAUUGCUAGAGAAGCAACGCGUUCCACAAGUUUGGGGAGUUCCCCUGGUUCCAUGGUUGCCAUCAUUGUCAAUAGGCAUGAAUCUGUUUCUAAUUGGAUCUUUGGGUCAUGAAGCAUUCCUGAGGUUCAUAAUUUGCAGUGCAGUGAUGAUUUUGUACUAUUUUUUUGUUGGUGUUCAUGCAACUUAUGAUGUGGCUCACCAGAACCAGGAAUCAAGUUCAGGAAAUGCUACAGGAGUUAUAUAGUGGUAUGUAAUAUUUGAUGGGGUAGUUUAGUUUUUCUUAUAUUUUUACAUGUCAAUGCUUAAGAUAUUAUCUGUUUCAACAUUCUGUAACAUUGCAUGCAAAUAUGAAAUGAAUUCAAUUUGUAAUGCUCA